CUUAACAGACUACCGGUAGUGUAAACAUAACUUUCAUAUGCACUAGGAAACCAAAAAAACUCAUGUGACUUGCUUUAUUGUGAUAUUUGCUUUAUUGCAGUGGUCUGGAACCGAACCGGAAAUAUCAACAGGGUGUGCCUGUAAUCAGAAAGCUUAAUGGAAAAUUAUCUUGCUGUUUAGAAGAACAAAAAGAUUUAAAUAAUUUUUAGAAGAAUUGUAAAGUAAAUGGGUCCAGUAAUUGGAAUGACACCAGAUAAAAGAGCUGAAACCCCAGGAGCUGAAAAGUUUGCAGGGUUAAGCCAGAUUUACAAAAUGGGAAGCUUACCUGAAGCUGUGGAUGCUGCCAGGCCAAAGGCCACCCUAGUGGACAGUGAGUCAGCAGAUGAUGAACUCACAAACUUGAACUGGCUUCAUGAAAGUACUAAUCUUCUUACCAACUUCAGCCUUGGAAGUGAGGGUCUUCCUAUUGUUAGUCCAUUGUAUGACAUAGAAGGAGAUGAUGUGCCACCUUUCGGACCGUCAUGCUACCAGGACCCAGAAAAAAAAUCAGCAACUUCAAAGCCCCCUUACUCCUUUAGUCUUCUCAUUUAUAUGGCUAUUGAACACUCUCCAAAUAAAUGUUUGCCCGUCAAAGAAAUUUAUAGCUGGAUUCUGGACCGCUUCCCAUAUUUUGCUACUGCGCCAACAGGCUGGAAGAAUUCUGUUCGUCAUAAUCUGUCCCUGAAUAAAUGUUUUCAGAAAGUGGAAAGAAGCCAUGGCAAGGUUAAUGGAAAAGGUUCUUUAUGGUGCGUUGAUCCAGAAUAUAAACCCAAUCUUAUGCAGGCACUGAAGAAGCAACCCUUUUCCUCAGCAUUAACAUUUUACACCCCUCCUGCCUCUCCACAAAGUGGCUCUUUAUCACCUCACUACUUAACCUCUGUACUAAAGCAGAACCAAGUACGUACUCUCAAAGAAUCUGAUAUUGAUGCUGCCACUGCAAUGAUGCUUUUAAAUACUUCUCUAGAACAAGGAAUUUUAGAAUGUGAGAAACCUCUUCCUCUUAAAACAGCACUGCAAAAAAAGAGGAGUUACAGCAAUGCAUUUAGCCAUCCCGGUGCUGUGCGUUUACAAGAGAGUGACUCUCUAGCCACCAGCACUGAUCCCAAGGAGGAUCACAAUUACAGCGCGAGCAGCAUGGCCACGCAGCGCUGUGCAUCCAGGUCCAGUGUGUCUUCCCUGUCUUCUGUGGAUGAGCUGUAUGAAUUUAUCCCAAAGAGUGGCCAUGUGGGCAGUGACGGCAGCGAAGGGUUUCAGAGUGAGGAAGAUACAGACGUUGAUUAUGAAGAUGACCCUCUUGGAGACAGUGGCUAUGCAUCACAGGCCUGUGCAGAUACCGCUGGGAAAGGACGGCCAGGCAAAAAGAGGAGGAAGCAGCCGUGUCCGGAAAUUGAUGAGGAGCUCAAAGAGGCAGCUGGGUCUCUGCUCCACCUCGCUGGAAUUCGCACAUGUCUGGGUUCCCUAAUAAGUACUGUUAAGACACAAAAUCAAAAGCAGCGGAAGAAAUAGAAAUCCUUAUUAGUGUGAAAUUAUUUUGAAGUGUGGCAAUACUCUUCUACUUUAUUCUUUACAAGGGAUUUCAAAGCCAUAAUGGACGUCUUUAGUUUCAGGGUGGGAGGGGUGCUGAUUACUUAUUUCCUUCAAAACAUUAAUGUUUUAUUUUAUUUUUUUAUUUUUGUUAAAUAAUUGCUGUUAGGAUCAUGCCCAAUCAUAAAUAUAUGAUGUGAAGUUCUAAAAGGAUAAUUGUUGUGAUAAGUGUCUCCAAGAUUUGGAAAUUUUUAUAAUGAAAUACCCCACAUCUAUCUCAAAAUUAGAGGAAAAAUCUUUCCUUCUGCUAAUAUGUCAAAAUGUAAGAAUUUGCAACUUUGUUUUUUUUUUUUUCCAUUUUCAGUCUGUAAUUAACUGUAAUUACUGAUUUUGCUAAAAAUUUUGCUGAUGUCUUUCUCACAUAUUCCUCCCCUGACACAAGGAUAAGAUUUGGAUGUUUUAUUUUGUCUUAGUUUUUGUUUUUAAUUUUUUUUUUUUUUUUGAGGCAUGAACAAAGUCAAAUAUAAAUUGGAAAAGAUCCUAGAUGUCUAGUAAGUUCCUUUUUGUUACAUAGGUAGAGAAUACAGGAAAGAGUUCAAAGAUUUAGAAAUUACAAUUUUGUGGUAUAAUUUUCAUCUGAGAACACUCCAAUUCCUAUUACAAUGUUAUCUGUGAAUUUUUUUUACUUUGCAGACACGUCAUAGCAUUUAUUGGGUCCCUUUGCUGUUUCCCAGAGUGCUUUGCAAACAUUGCUUAAGUCUUAGUCGCUAGCUGUCUUCGUUGAGUAGAAACUACAAUCCAAGGAGAAGAUAGAGCCAUAGAGUGUGUUAUGGAUUCACACCCAUGUUGAUACACUUUUGCAGUAAGAAGAUCUUUCAUUCGCUUGUUAAACGUUCUGAAUUCUGAGAAUCUUGUAAUAGGAAUGGAGUAUAAUCUAAAACAAACACUUAAAUGCUUAUUACUUUGUCGUCAUUAAGGUAGGUCAUUUAGGAAAAAACUUCUGUGCAAGCUUUGUAUGAAUUAAAUUUGUAUGUAUACCUAACUACAAAGGAUUUAACAAAACUAGAGAGAAAAAUAUCCUCAUGGAUUUUAAAAUUUGUAUAAAAUGAAAUCUUACACAAUACACCCUUUUGGGGAGGCAGUGUACACCUAUAUGUGCCAUUAAUCCUUGCUAAAAGAGUUUAUACUGCUGUUCCAAAAGUGCAUCGACCAUGGUGUUUUAAGUAUUUGAAGAAAUCUGCUUGUAUGAGAUGUUUUGUUCAUAAUGUCAUUUGCAUAGUUUUAACUAUAUUAUUCAGAAAGAACAAAGGAUGGUAGUACAAUUGAACUUAUUUGUCAUAUUUUUUUUUAGAAUGUUUGAAAAAAGGUUUUUAAAAAUUCAGUCUUAACUCAUGCUACACUCUGUUUCAUAUACAAUGACGUUUUUAUUUUUCUGAUAAUUUCCUGUAUCAGUAUACACAUACACAAACGUCACGCUCAUGAUGUUGGUUUGCAGCUUUCUGCUUUUCUAAGACGAUAAAGCAUUUUCUUGAGAUUUUUUUUAAGCAACAAAUACUUCUAUUUUAACUUAAAUUUUAUUUGGGCAAAACUGUCAAACAAGAAACUUGAUUAAAAAAAACAAAUAUCUUUUUCAGUUAACAAGACUUUAAGCCGGGGGAACGACAGUAAGGUCUCUGUUUUGUUUCCAUGUUAGUUUUACUGACCCUAGAUAGCCACGUUAAUAGAACCAAUGCUUUUGAAGUAUAGUAAUUUUGCAAUUCAUUGAUAAUGAAAAAUAGUCCUUAAGCAUGCAGGAUGAUGUGUUUGGACUUCGGUUCUUAAUAUAUGUCCCAUCUACUACAGAAAAUGGCUAGCCCAAAUUCACACCUUUUACUGUAGGCAGUAAAUUUAACAAUAAAGAAGUGCUUUUACCACAGUAGAGAUAGUCAACAUGUUAUAAAAAUCAUUUUAAUAACACAGUGUUUCAGCACACAUUUAUAAGCUGCUUACCAUGGCCCUAUGGAUAGACCUUAGUAACAGUGUUUCAGUGAUCUGGUUUCAGUUUAUUUUGUUCUAUGGAAAUUCUGUGCCACCUGUGUUCUCCCUGGCUCCUGUCUAUUAGACCAUUACUCUUUAUAAGCAAAGGAAAAUGACCUGAGAUGAAAAUGGGGGAGAGUUGUUCUCAGUUGGCGCAGGCAUCUUCAGAAUUAUUUUGUCUUAAUGUAAGUAGCAGUAACUCUUUAAAUGCCUUCAUUUUCUCUCCCUGAUUUGUACUCUUCCUACAGAUAAAAACGUUUGAAGUUACGUUUAUCACUAGCAAGAAGAUAAACACUUGUGUGCUAAAAGCUAGCAGGGAGAAGUUCCAGGAUAUUUUGCACUUAAUUUUUGCACAGAAUUCAGUGCAUAGCCUUCCAUUUGCUAAUAUACCAAGGCAGUUAUUUUCAAGGGAAGAAACCUUUUUAAUUACACAGUCCUCAUCUCCCCUAUUGUGACUUCCGUAGAGAUUAUGAUCCCAUUGCUCAGGUGUGUUGACAGAGAAGCAUGGCUAAUAGCUACCCAGUUAAGGAGAGUCACUGCAAAUCCUGUGGACUGGAAAUUGUAUUUCCAAUAAUAGUAACAAAUUUUCGUAUAAUAAAAACGACUUGGCCACUCUGGAGAGGUCACAUAUAUGGGGAUGUCCUGACAUAUUUUAAAACUGUGGCUGAACAUAUAAUUUUGCCUUACAUCAAAAUGUAAAUUGUAAAAAAAAAAAAAAAAUUUGUGUUGCAACCAAUUCCAGU